UUAGAGGCUGCGUCGCUCCGCUCGGAGGUGAAGAGUCGCUCGUGGGCCUUCGCGGGACGAUGGCGCGUGAAGCGGUCGUGAAACUCCUCGUGUGCGUCGCGUUUUUGCUUCCAGACGCCACGCGCGCACAAACGGCUGAGCAGCCUCCUCCGCCAUCGGCCCCGCUGAUCGAGCCCGAGGCGGCGGGCGACGCCGUCUACCUGCGGUGCAGCUUCGCAGGCGGCGCCAACGCGUCGGUGGGUUACGUGGUGGCCUGGUCGCGCCUCUCCCCCGAGGGCCGGAGGGAGGAGCUCAAGCAGGAGACCACCGUGCAGACCGCCUCCCGCAUCGAGCUGGACGGCUUCAACCUGCGCCUGGGCGACAAGAUCUACUGCUCCAGCUCCAGCUUCCUCCUGGACUCGCCGGACGUCGUGGGCGCUUCAGUGGAAAGUCACGAGUUCUUCGCCGGACUCAGGCUGAUCCCAGAGUCCAGAACCGUGUGGGAGGACGGGAGGCUGCAUGAGCUGGUGGUUGAGAGCACAGUUCCUGUGCCGUGCCUCGAGUCCUGCUCUCUGUCGCUGCAGCUCAGUGCGAGUCACGAGGGAGCGUUGGGUCCAGACCUGUCUCUGUCCUCCUGUGUUCUGGAUCUGACCCGCAGCCCCUGCAGCGCGGGGGUUUGCGGCCGAGCUGUGGUUCACUUCAGCUCCAUCACGGACUUUGUGAAAGAUGACAACAGGACGACUCAGAUUUCCGUCAAACCCAUCGUCACGAAGAGCUUUCUGUGGAGCGGAUACUCGCCCGAACCCGUCCAGAUCCAGGUGAAGGACGUUCCUUCAGCCUACUGCUACUCUUUCACUGAUCCUCACGUGAUCACGUUUGAUGGCAGGUCGUACGACAACUACCAAAUCGGCACCUUCGUCCUGUACAGGAGCACCUCGUGGCCCUGUGAGGUCCACGUGCGUCAGUGGGAGUGCGGCAGCGUGGAGCACGCGGCCUCGUGCGCGUGCGGUGUCGUGGCCAGAGACGGCGAUGACGUCAUCGCCUUCGACAUGUGCAGCGGAGACAUGGGCGAGAGCCGACCUCAGCUGUCUGUGAAGAAGCGAGGCGUCGGCCGGAGCGGCCUGAGGAUCACGGAGUCGUACCAGGGACGCAAGCUGACGAUCGGCUUCUCGUCCGGAGCGUUUGUCCGUGCGGACGUGUCCGACUGGGGAAUGAGUCUGACGCUGAGAGCCCCUGGUUCUGACUGGACUCACACCGAGGGCCUCUGUGGGACCUACGACGGUCGUCCAGACAACGACCUGCACUCACCAGGCGGCGCCUCAGUCCAGGACCUGCAUGCGUUUAUCUCUGAGUGGAGACUCCCUCCAGGCUCCAGCCUGUUUGACACCGGCCCGGCCAACGUGACUCCGCUCAGCCCCCGUCAGUACUGCACCUGUCAGACGGAGCCCCUCCUCACACCUUCUGGAGGCCGAUCCCGUCCUGUCACCUCCUCCGACUCCUCCGACUCCUGCUCCGCUCACAACGUGCGCCUCCUCGGCAUCAUCCCCACGCUCGACGUCACAGCUGAGUACAUGGGCUCAGAGGCAGCGGGUGGAGGGGAUGGAGCAGCACAGCGCCGAGGCCGGCGGCAGACUCACCGCUACGCCCCCGGCACCCCGCGUCCCGGCCUCGGCCCGUCGGACCUGGAAGGCCCCUCCUACUUUUUCCCAGAGGACCACGAAGCGGCUGCUCAGCCGUCUUCCUCCCCAACGUGGCCGACUCCCUCCGGCCUUACCGAGCGCCGGGCCAGGAGCCGGUGCCGGCAGGCGGUGGCCAGCUCCAGCGUGGCGUCAGGCUGCAGGCGUCUGCUGGAGGCGCGGGUGCUGGAGCGCGCGGUGAACAUGUGCGUCGGCGACCUGCAGCUGAAGGACGAGUGGUCGUGGCUGAGCGCGACGUCGCCGCUGCUGGAGAACGAGUGCGAGAGGAGGCUGGAGGAGGAGGCCAGGAGAGAGGAGCUGCACCAGGAGGCUGUGGCCGCCCUCAGGUGUCCCAGUGCCUGCCACGGCAACGGCCAGUGCUCCCAGCGGGGCUGCGUGUGCUUCCCCGGCUUUGGCUCCUACGACUGCAGCGCUCUGUCUGAUCAGAUCCCAGAGAUCAUUAAUCUGGAGAAAGGCGGCUUGUGUGACGUCCGACAGGGAGGCUGCUCCCUGAUCCGGGUCCACGGUCAAGGUUUCAAGGACUCCUACGAGCUCAAGUGUGAGUUUGUCAAAGAAAAGUUUGUGGGUGGGGAGUGGGUUUUGGACGAGCCUCAGUUCGUCCUGGCCACCUUCCUGGAUGCGACAGCCCUGGAGUGCCAGCUCCCCCUGGUGGACCGGCUGUCCUCCGCAGGCCCGGACCUGGAGGCGGUGGGAAACCGGCCGCUGGCCCGCUGGCAGAUCAAGGUUUCCAAUGACGGCUACAGCUACAGCAACGCCAAGAUCCUGACGGUGUUCGAUGGAGACUGUCAGACCUGCAGCCUCCACACUGAGGUCCUGUGUGCGCUGAAGGAGAAAACCUGCAGCAUUGAUGGCGUGUGUUACGCCGAGGGGCAGUCCAGUCCCAGCAGCCCCUGCCUCACCUGCCGCCCAGAAUCCUCCAGAUACGCCUGGUCCGUAGCAGAGAAGAACCAGCCUCCGGUCGUGCAGCCGCUGCCGUUUCACCUCCGGGCGUUUCAGGGGGAGAGCUUCAUCUACCAGCUGCAAGCUCAGGACCGCGAGGGCUCUGAAAUCCACUUCAGCCUGGUGUCGGGUCCGGGCGGCGCCGCUCUGUCCCCGUCGGGUCUGUUGACGUGGACGGCCACGGCCGAGCGCUCAGACGCACACACCUUCCACUUUACUGUGACCGAUGACUGCAACGCUCAGACCGAGGCCUCGCUGCAGGUGCAGGUGCGCUCCUGUGACUGUCUGAACGGCGCUUCCUGCGUGACCGACGUCACCUUUCCCGCGGGCAGUGGAGAAUACCUGUGUGUGUGUGUGGACGGGUUCCGAGGGAGGCGCUGUGAGCAGGACAUCGACGACUGUAAGCCCAACCCCUGCAGACUGGGCCGCUGCGUGGACCGGCCCAACUCCUUCUCCUGCAUCUGCCCGGCCGGGACGACGGGCCGUACGUGCAGAGAGGACCUGGAUGAAUGCGCCGCUCGGCCUUGUUUCCCUGGAGCGCUUUGCAGCAACACGCUGGGCUCCUUCUCCUGUGGAGCCUGUCCACACGGAUACAGCGGCGACGGACUGAACUGCACCCUGAAAGCGGUGGCCAAUCCUCCGCCGAGGCUCAAACCUCCGGGCUCAUCACCGUGCAGCCGAAGACCAUGUUAUCCAGGGGUCCAGUGCUUUGAGAGCGCACAUGUCUCCAUGGGCUUUGUGUGUGCACCCUGCCCACCUGGUUUCCAUGGAAACGGGCAAACAUGUACAGCGACAGGUAAGGGAAGAGACAGAGCAGAUGGUCACAUUCACAUCGCAUCCUCCUCCUCCUCGUCUUCAUCACCUCCCACCUCAGUGAGGCAGCCCCAUCACAGGGGAAUGAGACCAGAAGCCACCGGCUCUGCUGACAGACGGACCGCCGUGACCCAGCAGAACCUCACUCUAACCAGAGGUCUGCCCGGUGGGGGGCUGAACCCCUCUGUCGCCUCCAGGGUCACAGGGGGGUCACAGUCUCCCCUCGUGGCCUGUGUCGACGCCCCCUGCUUCCCCGGCGUUGCCUGUGUUUCCACCAACACCGGGUCGUUCAGGUGCGGGCGCUGCCCGUACGGUUACACUGGGGAUGGUGUCACAUGUAAAGCUGUGUGCAGGUAUCAGUGUGGGACGAACAUGGCGUGCACGCUGCCCAACACCUGCACCUGCAAGGACGGAUACACGGGAUACGACUGUCACAUAGCGCUGUGUCGGCCUGACUGCAAGAACCAGGGCAGGUGUGUGAAGCCCAAUGUGUGUGAAUGUGCGGCGGGUUACGGCGGUCCCACCUGUGAGGAAGCGAGCUGCGAGCCGCCCUGUCAGCACGGCGGCACCUGUCUGGCCAGAAACCUGUGCACCUGCCCCUACGGCUACGUGGGACCCAGAUGUGGGAUCAUGGUUUGCAACAGGCACUGUGAGCAUGGCGGCGAGUGCAUCUCCCCUGAUGUCUGCCAGUGCAGACCGGGCUGGUUCGGGCCCACGUGUAACUCAGCUCUCUGCAGCCCCGUCUGUCUGAACGGAGGCACGUGCCUCAAGCCCAACAUCUGCGCCUGUCCCAGCGGCUUCUACGGCUCUCAGUGUCAGAUCGCCGUGUGCAGUCCUCCGUGUAAGAACGGGGGUCAGUGCAUGAGGAACAACGUGUGCUCCUGCCCCGAAGGCUACACGGGGAAAAGGUGUCACAACAGUGUAUGUGAACCCACGUGCAUGAAUAAAGGCAAGUGUGUGGGACCGAACACGUGCUCCUGUGCCUCAGGAUGGAGAGGGAAGAGGUGCAGCAUACCUGUCUGCCUGCAAAAGUGUAAAAACGAGGGCGAGUGUGUCGGACCCAACACCUGCCAGUGUCCCGCUGGCUGGGAAGGCCUGCAGUGUCAGACGCCAAUCUGUAAACAGCGCUGCCUGAAUGGAGGGAGGUGUGUUCUCCCCGACUACUGUCACUGCCGUAAAGGCUACACAGGCCUCACCUGUGCAACAAAGGCAUCACAAGCAAGAUGAAAUAACGAGGAGAAUGAAGGAAAAUGCAAAGCAGAAAGCUUCUCCCACUGUGUUUGAGGAGCUGUGUGCGUGGUUUUGGCGUGUGCUUGAAUGUGUCUAUGAGCACGUUUCAAUUCUAACAGAUCUGACCUGAUGUAUUGCACUUAUCUUCGUGCCCCCUGUAAAUUACUACCUCAAGGCUCAAAGGAACAGGAACUGUUUAACGCACCAGCGGAGAUUUCAGACAGAUGUGCAACACAUUGCUCAGUAUUGUAUGAAAUAGUAAAAUGAUCACGGUCCAGUAGUGUUUAAAAUAAUCUGUAGGUUAUGCAGCAAUGUGCAGGAUUUAGCCAAAUUAUACAUCAAUGUGCAGUUUCUGCAUUAAAAGCAGCUCUUUCGUAUUUUAGACCAGGGACUGGUGCAGUCUAACAAAAGUGCAUUUAUUUUUAGCUUGAUUAAGUCAAUAUGAUGCCUGCUUCUCACAAUUCUUAUGUGAUACAAGCUGUGUGUGACAAAAUAAAGCCAAGCGUACUUUUUGUAAAUGAGA